AGCGAAGACGCGCAAUAAAUCAGCUGCCGUCCAUCGCGUUGAUUAACGUCUGAGGAGAACAGAUCACGGGCUGCUUGGUUUGUCUGCCAGUUUUCGGGGAGUAAGACAAUGUCGCCUCCAGUUACUCGAGCGAGCUCCAGACUGAAGCAGCUGAGGUAUUCUCUCCGCUCCAGAGCGCCGCUGGGAAACGCGUCCAACCUGAUCUCUGUUCACCGAGGGGACGAGGAGCCGAAGGGAACCGAGCUGGAGCGCGAUAGGAGGCAAAAAGCUGCACGCGUAAAGAAGGACGGGUUAAAGAGCAAGCGAGCCGCAGCCGAGCCUCCUUCAGCACCGAACCAGAACCUCUCUGAGGAGCGUGACGCGGUCGAGCCUCCUGCUCCACGCGCACCGACGCUGUCAGGACCCGGGCGUCUUCAGGAACCGCCUGACGCUCCUCAGACGUUCUCCAUCCUGUUGCUCAACAUUCCAGAUGUGGACUCGGCGGACGCUGGAGAUGCCCAGAUGUGCAGUGAAUACGUGUGUGACAUCUACGCUUAUUUACAGCAGCUCGAGGUAGCGAUGGCCAUCAGGCCGUGUCAUCUGGAGGGUCAGGAGGUGAGCGGCGGCAUGCGAGCGGUCUCCAUCGACUGGGUCAUGCAGGUUCAGAGAGAGUUCAGACUGUCACAGGAGACUCUCUUCAUGACCGUCGGCAUCAUCGACCGCUUCCUUCAGAAUAACCCGGUGCCCAGGAAGUAUUUGCAGCUGCUCUGUGUGACUGCGAUGCUGCUGGCGUCUAAGUAUGAGGAGCUCUACCCGCCCACGGUUGGAGACUUUGCGUUUGUGACGGAUGGGGCAUACAGCUGUGGAGACAUCCGGAGGAUGGAGAGAAUCGUCUUAAAGCGCUUGAACUACAGCCUCGGCCGACCCCUUCCUUCUCACUUCCUGCAGAGGGUCUGUAAGAUUGGACAGGCCGGUCCGAGGGAGCGCGAGCUGGCCUCCUUCCUGACGGAGCUGAUGGUUCUGGACUAUGAUCUGGUCCAUGUUCCUCCGUCUCUCACGCAGCGGCCGCGCUUGUAG